AUGUCGGACAGCAUUCUCGCUGUCGGUUGUGUCAAGCAGCAGUGCAUCACUUUGAAGCUGAAGGGCUUCAAAGAAUCACAAGCAAAGAAACUCUCCGUGGAGGUGGUGUUCCAGGCAAACAGCCAGACAUUGCCCCUGCAUUUGGCUUCUUGGGGUGCAGAACAGUUGCAGGCAGUAUGGUCUCUGGUGGUCACUGCAGCGGAGCUGCCAGCGGGAUUGAUUUUCUUUCACUUCCGCGUGAACGGUGCCUUUGCACUGUCUGGUGAACACAUCCGCAUUGGCCAGUGGAAUGCGGUGUAUCUCGGCGACCCGAUUCGCCCGGGGCUUAUCCAGAUCUCAACGUGUGCAGGACGGUGCAACGGAUGUUUUUGCUGCGCGAAACCUGCAGACAUGUUCGAUUCCUUUUUCUGA